AUGAAGAUUAGAGCUUUAAUUUUAUUCAUCACCUGUUUUUCGUUGGUCGUUUUUCAUGUGAGUUGCUCAAGAAAGAGAAGCAUACACAGGAAAGGGAGGCUUAUUUGGAGGUCACGAGUGUUAACAUGGACAUUUCGAGAUCCCCAACGCCUCGUGCACAACACAGCUCAUUCAAAAGCGAUCAGAGAUGUGACGCGAAAGGUUUUCAAGAAAUGGGCGGCGAUUUUGAGGGGGCGGCUUUUAUUUGUUGAAGUUGCUGAAGAUGAUUUAGAUCAAGUCGAGGAAAAUAUCAUGGACAAAAGAGGACGAAACUACAGAAAGCCCUGGUGGGUGGACAUCGACAUUGUCUUUGCGAGAGGAGAUCACGGAGAUGGUGAAGCGUUUGACGGACCGGGCGGGACUGUCGCGCACUCGGCUUAUCCACCGCUCGGAAUCGUUCAUCUAGACGCCGAUGAGUUGUGGACGCUACGGGAAAACGGGAAUCGCGUCAAUUUGGAGACGGUGUUGCUACACGAGAUUGGACAUGUUUUAGGACUUCAUCAUCUCAAAGAUCCAGACUCAAUCAUGAACGUUUAUUAUCGAAAUUUGCGCCAUGGUGCCACACUUUCCAAAGUCGAUGAAAAAGCCAUUCGAAAACUUUAUCACUUGACAAAUAAA